AUGAAUCAGACAUUUGAACGGAUGAACGAUACGUGGCGCGGAUUUGGGAGCGAGGAUGGUUCAUCAGGACCAAUUUCCAAUUUAGAACUGUUAUCCACUGGUGUUGGUAUUACUGCUUUGAGUAUCCUGGGUAUAACAGGAAAUGUUAUCUCACUUUUUGUAUUAUCUCGACCUCAGAUGCACUCCUCCAUCAAUUGCAGUCUCCAAGGUUUGGCCAUCUUCGAUACGGGAGUUUUAAUGUGUGCUUUAAUCAUGCUAGGCUUAACAACCCUGGGGAAAAUAGUAUACUGGCUACAUUUUUACACGUGGAUCAUCUUUCCGUUUAUCGUGCCCGUGAUUUAUCCAUUAGCUUUGAUUGCUCAAACAGGAUCGGUGUGGAUGACGGUCGUCGUCACCAUAGAAAGGUACGUAGCAGUUUGCCAUCCUCUUCACGCUAGGUCAUUGUUUACGUACAAGCGCUCGAGGGUGUACAAUCUUCUCGUGACUGGAGUAGCAGUUUGCUACAAUAUUCCUCGGUUUUGGGAAAUUCAAAGGAUCGAAGUUUGGGAUUCCUUCACUAAUUCCACAGCGUAUGACAUCCAACCUUCGGAAUUCCGUAAAAACAAAGUCUACUUCGAAAUCUAUUAUAUUUGGAUGUACUUGUUAAUUAUGUAUUUUCUUCCGUUUCUUACCCUGGCUGUUCUUAACACAUUCAUUUGGCGUUCUGUCAAACAGGCGAACAGAGAUCGUCAGAAACUUAGUCUCAGGCAGCGAAAAGAGAUCAGUCUAGCCACCAUGUUGCUAUGUGUCGUGGUGAUAUUCCUAAUAUGUAACAUCACCGCUCUUAUAGUUAAUAUUCUGGAAUACUUUGACGUGAACUGGGGCUCUUUGGCGCUUUUUUCUAAUCUGCUGGUGACAUUCAAUUCUUCAGUUAACUUCAUAAUUUAUUAUAUUUUCGGACACAAGUUCAAACAGACGCUAUUUUUAUUAUUCUGCAAAAAAAAGCUACGUCGGACUCAGACUUCCACUUCCGGUACAAAUCGAAGUGUUUGGAUAAGAUUUCAGUCCACCAGGUGUCGCCAGCCACAUCUUCAAGACACUAAUUCGAAAAAAAGAACAGCGAGUGUAAACCUCUAA